GGCCGGGGCCUGCGCCAUAAAAGCCGCCGCGCGGGCCGCGCGGCGCCCGUCGCUCGCCCCUCCCUCUCCGUUCGGCGCUCGCCGGGGUCGCUGCAGCCUUGCAGUCCCGCCAUGGCCGCGCUCUCCCGGGACCCGCAGUUCCAGAAGCUGCAGCAGUGGUACCGCGAGCGCGGCUCCGACCUCAACCUGCGCAGCCUGUUCGAGGCCAACAGGGAGCGCUUCCACCAUUUCAGCUUGACCCUCAACACGAACCAUGGGCAUAUCCUGGUGGAUUACUCCAAGAACCUUGUGACGGAGGAGGUGAUGAAGAUGCUGGUGGACCUGGCUAAGUCCAGGGGCGUGGAGGCCGCCCGGGAGCACAUGUUCAAUGGCGAGAAGAUCAACUACACCGAGGAUCGGGCAGUGCUGCAUGUUGCCCUGCGGAACCGGUCAAACACACCCAUCGUGGUGGAUGGCAAGGAUGUGAUGCCGGAGGUGAAUAGGGUUCUGGACAAGAUGAAAACUUUCUGUCAGCGUGUGCGGAGUGGUGACUGGAAGGGGUACACCGGCAAGGCCAUCACGGAUGUCAUCAACAUCGGCAUCGGUGGCUCUGACCUGGGACCCCUCAUGGUGACUGAGGCCCUUAAGCCGUACUCUUCAGGAGGUCCCCGGGUCUGGUUUGUCUCCAACAUCGACGGGACCCACAUUGCCAAAACCCUGGCCAACCUGACCCCCGAGUCCUCCCUGUUCAUCAUCGCCUCCAAGACCUUUACCACCCAGGAGACCAUCACGAAUGCGGAGACAGCGAAGGAGUGGUUUCUCCUGUCAGCCAAGGAUCCUUCUGCAGUUGCGAAGCACUUUGUUGCCCUGUCCACCAACACGACCAAAGUGAAGGAGUUUGGAAUUGACCCUCAAAACAUGUUCGAGUUCUGGGAUUGGGUAGGAGGACGCUACUCCCUCUGGUCAGCCAUCGGACUCUCCAUCGCCCUGCACGUGGGUUUUGACAACUUCGAGCAGCUGCUCUCGGGGGCUCACUGGAUGGACCAGCACUUCCGCACGACGCCCCUGGAGAAGAACGCCCCUGUCCUGCUGGCCCUGCUGGGUAUCUGGUACAUCAACUGCUUUGGGUGCGAGACGCAGGCCCUGCUGCCCUAUGACCAGUACAUGCACCGCUUUGCUGCUUACUUCCAGCAGGGCGACAUGGAGUCCAAUGGGAAGUACAUCACCAAGUCUGGCACCCGUGUGGACCACCAGACGGGCCCCAUUGUGUGGGGGGAGCCAGGGACCAAUGGCCAGCAUGCCUUCUACCAGCUCAUCCACCAAGGCACCAAGAUGAUCCCCUGUGACUUUCUCAUCCCGGUCCAGACCCAGCACCCGAUACGGAAGGGUUUGCAUCACAAGAUCCUCCUGGCCAACUUCUUGGCCCAGACAGAAGCCCUGAUGAAGGGGAAAUCUACGGAGGAGGCCCGGAAGGAGCUCCAGGCUGCGGGAAAGAGUCCAGAGAACUUAGAGAAGCUGUUGCCGCACAAGGUCUUUGAAGGAAAUCGCCCAACCAACUCUAUUGUGUUCACCAAGCUGACACCAUUCAUUCUUGGAGCGUUGGUUGCCAUGUAUGAGCACAAGAUCUUCGUUCAGGGCAUCAUCUGGGACAUCAACAGCUUUGACCAGUGGGGAGUGGAGCUGGGGAAGCAGCUGGCUAAGAAAAUUGAGCCCGAGCUUGAUGGCAGCGCUCCGGUGACCUCUCACGAUUCUUCCACCAAUGGGCUGAUCAGCUUCAUCAAGCAGCAGCGUGAGGCCAGAAUCUAAUAAACUCAUCUCAGCUGCAACCUUUGUUGUCCCUGCUCCUUCCUGUCCCUCUUUGCCAGAAUCUGCACUGCAUGGUCCUGCCCUUCCCUGCCCAGAGCUCUGGUUGCGGGCUUGGACCACAGGCCCUUUGGGGGAUGCUGAUCUGGAAUUGUCACCCUCGCCCCCUCCAUGGCCAUCUGUUCUCCUACUGCUUUACAACUGGCUGAAUUGUUUCAGUGCAGCUGAAUUUUCUCACCCAUGUCCACGCUGUUCACAUCCUGGGUAGAAAAAUAAAGAUGCCACACAGAA